AAGCUGUGAGUUUUAUCUGGAGCACAGUAGCUGGGGUCUUCAGGGGGUGCCUUCCACUGCUUUGGGCAGCAGCAAAAUGGACCACUACUGUGGGCAGCUGAGCCUUCUGGCUGGAACUUGGCCUUGAGGAGGGCGCUGCAUGAUCCUUUCCCAACUAACAAGGAAAUUGGCCUUUGUCGUUCCUACUUUCUUUCAUCCUGAGGAUUCUGAAUCCUGGGCUGCCAGGGGUACUGGUUCCCAGCUCCACUCCCUUCCCGCAGGAAGUCCCAAGGGAGCAUAAGAGUCCAGGCUAGAGACUAGCUAGGGACACAGUGUUCUCCUCAGGCCCUCGAGCCCUGCCCUGAGACCUGAAUUCCCACCCUGCCCCACUGGCUGAUUCCAGGGCUGGAUCUCAGGACCACAGACCCCUACACAGGCUGGCCCACCGGGUGAGAGGCAGUUCCAGAGGAGAUGCGGGGAGCCAAAGAUCUUGGGCUGACACUCCCAGCAGGGUAGAUCCUGGGAAUCUGAUCUCCUGGCCUCCCCCACAUCCUCCCCCACCCCACUUCCUGGAGCAGCGACCUGCCCCCUUCCCGCCUGCACUUCCCUCCACUUCCAGGGCCAGGCUUCUCCACACACCAGCCAGACAGCCUCCCCUCCACCCAAGGGAAGCGGCUGCCUCGGCCAGGCUGCUUCCAGGAAGCCCCAGGCCAGGCCCCAGCAUUGUUCAGGCCCUGCAGCCAAGAGCACAGCCAGCCAGCCAGCCAGACACCAUGAAGUCCAGCGGGCCUGUGGAAAGGUUGCUCAGAGCCCUGGGGAGGAGGGACAGCAGCCGGGCCACCAGCAGGCCUAGGAAAGCAGAACCACACAGCUUCCGGGAGAAGGUUUUCCGGAAGAAAGCUCCGGUGUGUGCAGUGUGUAAAGUGACCAUCGAUGGGACCGGUGUCUCGUGCCGAGUCUGCAAGGUGGCCACACACAGAAAAUGCGAAGCAAAGGUGACUUCACCCUGUCAGGCCUUGCCCCCUGCGGAGCUGCGGAGAAACACUGCCCCAGUGCGGCGCAUAGAACACCUGGGGUCCACCAAGUCCCUGGACCACUCAAAGCAGCGCUGCACUCUACCCAGGAGCUUCAGCCUGGACCCGCUCAUGGAGCGUCGCUGGGACUUGGACCUCACCUAUGUGACAGAGCGGAUCUUGGCUGCGGCUUUUCCCGCACGGCCGGACGAGCAGCGACACCGGGGCCACCUGCGCGAGCUAGCCCAUGUGCUGCAAUCCAAGCACCGGGACAAGUACCUGCUCUUCAACCUUUCAGAGAAACGGCAUGACCUGACCCGCCUGAAUCCUAAGGUGCAGGACUUCGGCUGGCCUGAGCUGCAUGCCCCGCCUCUGGACAAACUGUGUUCCAUCUGCAAAGCCAUGGAGACAUGGCUCAGUGCUGACCCUCAGCACGUGGUCGUGUUGUACUGCAAGGGGAGCAAAGGCAAGCUUGGCGUCAUUGUCUCUGCCUAUAUGCAUUAUAGCAGGAUCUCCGCAGGGGCGGACCAGGCACUGGCAACUCUCACCAUGAGGAAAUUCUGUGAGGACAAGGUGGCCACCGAACUGCAGCCCUCCCAGCGCCGCUAUGUCAGCUAUUUCAGUGGGCUGCUGUCUGGCUCCAUCAGAAUGAACAGUAGCCCGCUCUUCCUGCACUAUGUGUUUGUGCCCAUGCUGCCAGCCUUUGAGCCCAACACAGGCUUCCAGCCCUUCCUCAAGAUCUACCAAUCUAUGCAGCUGGUCUACACAUCUGGAGUCUAUCGUAUUGCAGGCUCAGGACCCCAGCAACUUUGCAUCAGCCUAGAGCCAGCUCUCCUCCUCAAAGGCGAUGUCAUGGUAACCUGCUAUCACAAGGGUGGCCAGGGGACAGACCGGACACUUGUGUUCCGGGUUCAGUUCCACACGUGCACCAUCCAUGGAUCACGGCUCACCUUCCCCAAGGACCAGCUAGAUGAGGCCUGGGCUGACGAGCGGUUCCCUUUCCAAGCCUCAGUUGAGUUUGUCUUCUCCUCCAGCCCUGAGAAGGUCAAAGGCAGUACCCCACGGAACGAUCCCUCUGUCUCAGUGGACUACAACACAACAGAGCCUGCCGUGCACUGGGACUCUUAUGAGAAUUUCAACCAGCACCAUGAGGACAGCGUGGAUGGCUCCUUGGCCCACACCAGGGGCCCCCUGGACGGCAGUCCUUAUGCCCAGGUGCAGCGGGUCCCCCGCCAGACCCCACCAGCACCUUCUCCAGAGCUCCCCCCCCCCCCCAUGCCCUCUGUGAGCACCGACUCUGGCUAUUCAUCCACACUCACCACAGAACCCGCAGCAGAAUCCCCUGGCCGACCACCCCCAACCGCUGCUGAACGGCAGGAGCUGGGUCGUCUGCUGGGAGGCUGUGGAGUGGCCAGUGGGGGCCAUGGAGCUGGACGCGAGACAGCCAUCUUAGGUGAUGAAGAGCAGCCCUCUGUAGGUGGGGGCUUGCACCUUGGGGUGUAUCCGGGCCACAGGCCUGGCCUCAGCCGCCACUGUUCCUGCCGGCAAGGUUACCGGGAGCCUUGUGCAGUCCCCAAUGGGGGCUACUACCGGCCUGAGGGAACCCUGGAGAGACGAAGACUGCCCUAUGGAGGCUAUGAGGGACACCCCCAGGGCUACACAGAAGCCUCUGUGGAGAAGAGGCGCCUCUGCAGGUCACUGUCAGAAGGGCCAUACCCCUAUGCAUCUGAGCUAGGGAAACCAGCCAAUGGGGACUUUGGCUACCGCUCAGCAGGCUACCGGGAGGUGGUGAUCCUGGAGGACCCUGGAGCACCUGCUUUAUGCUCAUGCCCAGCCUGUGAGGAGAAGCUGGCACUGCCCACGGCAGCCCUGUAUGGACUGCGACUAGAGAGGGAGGCUGGAGAGGGGUGGGCCAGCGAUGCAGGCAAGCCUCUCCUGCACCCAGUGAGGCCUGGACACCCGUUGCCUCUGCUGGUGCCUACCUGUGGGCAUCACCAUGCCCCAAUGCCUGACUACAGCUGCCUGAAACCACCCAAGGUGGGUGAAGAAGGGCAUGAUGGCUGUUCUUAUGCCAUAUGCCCUGAAGGCAGGUAUGGGCAUCCAGGGUACCCUGCCCUGGUAACCUAUGGCUAUGGAGGAGCAGUUCCCAGUUACUGUCCAGCAUAUGGCCGGGCACCUCACAGCUGUGGAUCCCCAAGCGAGGGCAGAGGGUACCCUAGCCCUGGUGCCCACUCACCACGGGCUGGUUCUGUGUCCCCGGGAAGUCCACCCUACCUGCAAUCCAGGAAGCUGGGUUAUGAGAUUCCUGCAGAGGAUGGAAGGGACAAGUACCCAUUGCCUGGGCACCUGGCCUCAACGGGACCCUUGACAUCUACAGAGUCACCUGAGCUAUCCUGGAGGGAUGGCUCCAGUGGGCACACCACACUGCCUCGGUCUCCCCGAGAUGCCCAAUGCAGUGCCUCUUCAGAGCUGUCUGGUCCCUCCACGCCCCUGCACACCAGCAGCCCAGUCCAGGGCAAAGAAAGCACCCGCCGGCAAGACACCAGGUCUCCCUCCUUGGCACCAACUCAGAGACUGAGUCCUGGUGAGGCCUUGCUUCCUGUUGUCCAGGGAGGCACUGAAAAGGCCCCUGAGCUGCUGGCCAGCAGCAGGCCGGAGCCACCAGACCCUAGCCCUUUCUCCCAGACCUCCCCACCCAGCUCACCCAAUGGCUGGCCUCAGGAAAGGAGCCCAGGGGGUCACUCCAACAGUGCCAGUCCUCGAGGUCCUGUGCCAACCACCUUGCCUGGACUCCGCCACGCCCCCUGGCGGGGCCCCCCAGACAGCCCAGAUGGCUCCCCUCUUACUCCUGUGCCUACCCAGAUGCCUUGGCUUGUGGCCAGCCCAGAACCACCCCAGAGCUCCCCCCCCCCCGCCUUCCCACUGGCUGCCUCCUAUGAUGCCAAUGGUCCCACCCAGCCACCACUUCCUGAAAAACGACACCUGCCCGGGUCUGGGCAACAGCCAUCACCACCAGCCAGGGGCGCCAAUCAACAUGUCACCUUUGCAUCUCCUCUCCCAGAUGUCACCCAACCCCCAGAGCACCCUUUACAAGAGAACCAAAGCAAUGUCAAGUUCGUCCAGGACACAUCCAAGUUUUGGUACAAGCCGCACCUGUCCCGUGACCAAGCCAUUGCCCUGCUGAAAGAAAAGGACCCUGGGGCCUUCCUGAUCAGGGACAGCCAUUCAUUCCAAGGAGCCUAUGGGCUAGCCCUCAAGGUGGCUACACCCCCACCCAGCGCCCAGCCCUGGAAAGGGGACCCCUCAGAACAGCUGGUUCGUCAUUUCCUCAUUGAGACUGGGCCCAAAGGCGUGAAGAUCAAGGGCUGUCCUACUGAGCCCUAUUUUGGCAGCCUCUCUGCCCUGGUCUCUCAACACUCCAUCUCUCCCAUCUCCCUGCCCUGCUGCCUGCAAAUUCCCAGUAAAGAUCCUCUGGAAGAAGCCCCAGAGGCCCCAGUGCCCACCAACAUGAGCACAGCAGCAGACCUCCUGCGGCAGGGAGCAGCCUGCAGUGUGCUCUACCUGACCUCCGUGGAGACAGAGUCACUGACCGGCCCUCAAGCUGUGGCCAGGGCCAGCUCUGCAGCUCUGAGCUGCAGCCCCAAGCCAGAGUCAGCCAUUGUCCACUUCAAGGUUUCAGCUCAAGGCAUCACACUGACAGACAACCAGAGGAAGCUCUUCUUUCGUCGCCAUUACCCAGUGAACAGCGUUACCUUCUCUAGCACUGACCCCCAAGACCGCAGAUGGACCAACCCAGAUGGAACCACCUCCAAGAUCUUUGGCUUUGUGGCCAAGAAGCCAGGAAGUCCCUGGGAAAACGUGUGUCACCUCUUUGCGGAGCUUGACCCAGACCAGCCAGCAAGUGCUAUUGUCACCUUCAUCACCAAAGUCCUCCUGGGCCAGAGAAAGUGAAGGGGAGCCGCAAGCUGAGUCCACAUCAACACUGCACCCUCCCAGCACCCACAGCUCUCACUGCCUUGGCCUGGACCCAGAAGCCCUAAGAGCCAGUGCCCACCUACGAAAGUGGGAGUGGCACCAGCCCGGGCCACUGUUCUUUCCUGCCCUUGCCUGCUAAGCUAAGUGAGUGGGCCUAUGAGAUGAACUGGCAUGUGAGCAGAUGGCAGAGACAGGUGUGAGGCGUGAGGAGCAAUCAGUAGAGACCUGGUGGGGAAUGGUCCUGCCAGCUCCACCCAGCUGCAGGUCCCAUCAUGGUGAGGGAGGGGAGGGGCAUGGGAGCUUUCUUCCUCCCCUCUGAACAGAGACCAGAGUGGGAUCACACAAACAGAGGAAAAAAGAGAGUCUAUUUUUGUGUAAUAAUAAAGAAUUUAUAUAAA